UGCGCUGUAACCACAGCCAUGUGCGCUUACUUUCCCUCUUUCCUCAUACUCCAGCUUUGGUAUACUCGCAAAACGUCCCCGUAUGCCCAGUGACGGAAAUAACAGGAAUGAAAGGAUAUACAAACCGUAGGGCAGAACCUCUGCUUCGAUCACUAAUAUUCCCUAGACGAACCAUUAAGUCCAUUGUUCUCGUCUCGGGUAGAUUGUGGCCUAUAUACGGCUGCCGACGGUUGAGGACCUGGCCAUGUACUUCUCGUGGCAUUUGGUCCACAACCAACAUGGUAUUUAACCGCGGUAGAAAGGGAUGCACCACCACUCUUCGUGUCCCGAACCACUUGUUUUCAUCGAAAGUCUCAUUGUAACUAUCAUGGUCAACGGCGUCGCUCCUGGCCCUCAUCCCAAGGCCGACGAAAUUAAGAAUCUAUUUUUUAUGCUCUAUGACUACGAUUCCCGGAUUACCGCCACUCGUAAUAACAGCUUCGCACCUUCCACAGACUCGGAGUCCAACUCACCGAGAUCAGCACCCUCAUUACCUUCCCUCGUUUCCUCCGACCAUGACACUACGGACAUGGACACAGAUUCUUAUUCUUCGACGGAUUUCUCUGAGUGUAGCGAAGAAAUCGGCUCUGAUUUUGUGAUCGGAGAAGGCGUUCAAAGAGAAGAAGAAGCCAAGACACGACCUUGCAGAGCGAUAAUACGCUCUCUUGCACCGUCAUCAGUUCAAUCAUCAGACGACAGUUAUCCAGAUCUCGUUCCCAUCACACCCAUCAUCUCGAAAUUCCCUUUCCCUCCCGUACUAACAGGCGACGAAGUCACCGUUCUGUGCGGAAAACUAAAUCGUUCGUGGUACGAAACCCUGCUUUCUGGCGUGUCGGUGGAUAUCAGCUAUACAGCUGAACCGGGUCGUACUCCAUACCAUGCGCCGUACCUUGACGAUCUCAAGUAUAUGUAUGCAUUGAAACUCGUAAAGAUGCUUCCGAGUGGAAGCUGGGAUGGUGACAACCUGAUAGCACUAGUGAAGGAAAUGAUUUGGUGUGCUAUUGAGCCACAGCUCUCGGACCAGUUGUCACUACGGGUUAUUAAACGCGUUGCUUUAUUUGCGAGUGCUGUCAAAUCUGCAUUUCUUGAGUUACGGGGAGAAGACGCGUAUGGUCGGUUUGUUGAUGUGUUGGUCGAUGUUACGGUUGGGAUUUUUAUGAAAGCUUGGAAUAUCGAGAAAACCAGGCUUCUGUACACCCACUAUCUCCCUUUACACGUCCAGGCAACGAUACGUCUGACAGCGUUCGUUGGAGACCUGUACGUGUGCGGGUUGAUGAAGCAUGUCUGCUUUCGGUCUUGUUUUUUGCAAGUUGUGAACCACUUGAGCCAGACAUACGAAGCCGCUAUGGCACUUCGUGUUCUCCUUGAGGUGAUUGGGAAGGACAGAUCGGAGUUCUGGCAGAUUGAAUAUGCAGAUCGGCUUUUACAUCCUGUGAAGGCUCUGAAACAGUGUGGGUUGGCGUGUAACUGUUUGACGGCGAGUGGGAUCACGGAGAGACCUGGGUUUUGGGAGGGAGUGAGGAAGUAUAGGAACCAGUAUGGGAGGAUGGUUCGUGAGAGGGUUGCGAAGGCGAGGUAUGGGAGUGGUAGGAUGCCGAGUUGGACUUAUCCAGAGGGUGCGCCUUCUGGGAUGGUAGACGCGGAGCUUGAGAUUAUGUCUUUGCAGUUGGGGGUGGCGAAGUAGAAAUAUGCAGAUAUGCAGAACCGAUGUUAUAAAUUAUGACUACUAAAUUUCGAACUCAAGUAUGGCC